AUGCGCAGAGCCGAUCACCUUAUCGAUCUGUCAACCCUUGAUGUGAUGGCUAUUCGCAUACAGAUUCUACGGAACCAAAGCGCGCAGCCCCCCCUCCCGACUCCCUCCUCAUCCCGCUUCCCUCCUCCCCGCGAGCCCUCCUCAUUGUCUACAUUGAACGCUGUACAGUGUACUGUGUAUGUACUAGUACAUGCAGUUACAAAGCCAGUGGCUCACGACGCGGGCGUGUACGCUCGUCUUCAUUUCCGCACAUCCAUAAACGUGAUCUACUAA